GCCCAGACGAUGGGAAUGAUGACAGAGUACUACCACUACAUCUUCACCACUCUGGACCUCAUGGCUAUCGACCUGGAGCCCUACCGUUUCUGUGGCGUCAACAUGACUGGCUUCCGCAUCCUCAACGUGGACAACCCUCAGGUGGCGUCCAUCGUGGAGAAGUGGUCCCAAGAGAGGCAGAUACCUCCCAAGCCCGACUCGGGCCUCCUGGAGGGGAUCAUGACGACAGAUGCUGCUCUGACGUACGACGCGGUCCACAUUGUGUCCAUCUCCUACCAGCACGCACCACAGAUGACGGUCAACUCGCUGCAGUGUCACCGCCACAAACCCUGGAGGUUCGGCGGGCGCUUUAUGAACUUCAUCAAAGAGUCUCACUGGGAAGGACUGACGGGGAGGCUGUCAUUCAACAGGACCAGUGGCCUCCGCACAGACUUUGACCUGGACAUCAUCAGCCUGAAAGAGGAGGGCCUGGAGAAGGUGGGGGAAGUGGAGUGCGUCCGAGGUCUCAACAUCACCGAGGUCCCCAAGCGGAAAGGGGUGAACAUCACCGACUCGCUGGCCAACCGUUCCCUGGUCAUCACCACCAUACUGGAGGAGCCAUAUGUCAUGCUUAAGAAGUCUGACAAGGCGCUGGUGGCCAAUGACCGUUUCGAGGGAUUCUGUAUCGACCUGCUCAAGGAGCUGGCCAGCAUCCUGGGCUUCACCUACGAGAUCCGCCUGGUGCCUGAUGGGCGGUACGGAUCGCAGGACGACAAGGGCCAGUGGAACGGCAUGAUCAAGGAGCUGAUGGAACACAGAGCUGACUUGGCUGUGGCCCCUCUUACCAUCACCUACCUGCGUGAGAAGGUCGUGGACUUCUCCAAGCCCUUCAUGAGCAUGGGCAUCAGCAUCCUGUACCGCAAGCCCAACACCACCAACAACGGAUUCUUCUCCUUCCUCAACCCCAUGACCCCUGACAUCUGGGUCUACAUCCUGCUGGCCUACCUAGGCGUCAGCUGUGUCCUCUUCGUCAUCGCCAGGUUCAGUCCAUACGAAUGGUACGACGCCCAUCCCUGCAAUCCCGGAUCCGACGUGGUGGAGAACAACUUCACCCUCCUUAACAGCUUCUGGUUCGGUGUGGGCUCCCUCAUGCAGCAAGGCUCUGAGCUGAUGCCCAAAGCCCUGUCCACCAGGAUCAUCGGAGGCAUCUGGUGGUUCUUCACCCUCAUCAUCAUCUCCUCCUACACGGCCAACCUGGCCGCCUUCCUCACCGUGGAGCGCAUGGUGUCGCCCGUGGACUCUGCCGACGACAUCGCCAAGCAAACCAAGAUUGAGUACGGUGUGGUCAAAGACGGUGCCACCAUGUCUUUCUUCAAGAAAUCAAAGGUUUCUACUUUUGAGAAGAUGUGGGCCUUUAUGAGUAGUAAACAGAGUACGUCGCUGGUCAAGUCCAUUGAGGACGGCAUCCAGAGGGUUCUGAAGUCUGACUAUGCCUUGCUCAUGGAGUCCACCACAAUCGAUUACAUUACCCGGCAGAACUGCAACCUCACCCAGGUUGGAGGCAUCAUUGACAGCAAAGGCUAUGGAAUAGGCACUCCCAUGGGCUCUCCAUACCGGGACAAAGUGACCAUCGCCAUUCUGAACAUCCUGGAGGAUGGCCGUCUGCACAUGCUCAAGGAGAAGUGGUGGAGCAGCAGCAGCUGUCUGGACGAAGAGCACCGUGAAAGCGCCGGCCCCAUGGGCAUUCAGAACCUGGGAGGGAUCUUUAUAGUGCUGGCGUCUGGCCUGGUUCUCUCCGUCUUUGUGGCUAUAGCUGAAUUCAUAUACAAGCUAAGGAAGACAGCGAAACGUGAGCAGAGGUCUUUCUGCAGUGCCAUGGUGGACGAGAUCAGACAGUCGUUCACCUGCGGGAGGCGUGUGAAACACAAGCGCCACCACCUGGCCCCGGUCAUGGUCAAGACGGAUGCAGUGAUCAACAUGCACACGUUCAACGACCGACGACUCCCGGAAAGGACAACAUGA